AUGGAACCCCUCCAGUUCUACACGGUCAACGCGUUCGCCAACUCGCCCCACUCGGGCUCCCAGGCCGCUGUCGUCCUUUUUCCCGCCAACGACCCGCGGUGGGACGACGAGACUUACCUCCAAGCAGUGGCAGGGGACUUUGCGUGGCCCGCAACAGUCUACCUUUCACCCCUAGGCGAUGACUAUGCGAUAAGGUGGUUCACCAAGGCUGGAGAACUGCCACUCUGCGGACAUGGGACUUGCGCGGCCGCCGCUGUAGUCUUUUCACUCCGGGGUGGGGAUAAGAUCAAUUUCGAGCAUCCGAAGCAGGGCCCGCUUUCCGCCAGUUUAGAGGGCGAGGUUGAGGGAGGUCUGCGGAUCGGAAUUUCCCUCCCCAUUACACCCACCACCGUUUCACCGGACGAGAGGCAGGAUUUACGCAAGGACCUCAGCUCGUCGACGGGGCUCGAGGCGUCGGAUGUCAUCCGUGUGGCCAAGUAUGAUUGGGGAGGGAAGAGUGCGGUCGUGCAGCUCGAUCCGGAAACUGAACUUGCGGGCCUGCAUGUUGAUCCGAAGGCUUUGGGCGCACACUACACCGUCACGAUCCUAACCCAAGCUAUCGGCGUCAAGGACGGCAUGGUCCAGAUCCGCAGCCGGGUCUUCAUCCCCUCCGUCGGCCUGGACGAGGACACUGUCACCGGCUCGGCCCAUUCCGUCCUAACGGGAUACUACCUCUCCACUGAUGGAGGCGGAAGGAACGCCACUGAGGCACUGAUGCGUGACCCCAACGAAGACGGAGACGUGGACUGCAGCAAACCGAGCACUGUCAUCCUCGACGGCCAGCAGCUCAGCCCACGCGGUGGGAGUAUUCGCUGCUCCCUGGUCAAUGGGCGGGCCUGGCUCGUGGGAAAGGCGUACGUUACGGGUUCGGGGACGCUCUCGGUUUUCCAGUGA